UACGACGUGCUUGUGAUGACACAUAAAAACACACACAAAUACCAAACCAGAUUUCUCUGCCGUCAGUUUAGUUCCAACCCGAGUCGUCCGUAAUUUACCAGUGGUUUUUCCCCUAGAAACCAAAUCACAUUGGAGCUAGGUUUUGCUGAUCACAGUGUAGACAUUUGACUGGAGAAUUUCACAGAAGAACGAUCGAAAAUGGCUACAAACGGAGAGGCAACAGAGAGAGUUCUGGUAACGGGAGCAUCAGGUUUCCUCGCGUCUCACAUUGUACAGCAGUUACAAGAGGCGGGUUUCAGCGUGAGGGGCUCGGUUAGAGAUCUUGAAGACGACAACAAGGUGAAGCACCUCAAGACGCUCUGCCCGGAGGCGGAGCACGAGGUGGAACUUGUGAAAGCCGAGCUGCAGGAUGCGGAAAGCUGGAAAAGGUAG